CGUGCGUGCGUGCGUGCGUGGGCGCGCGUGCGCGGCGCCGCUGUCUGUGGGUUGGCUGGUUAUUUUGCAAACGGGAGGGGCUGUGCGCGCUCCUGCCUCCGGCCUCUGUCCCCCACCCCCUUCCCCGGUCCCGGUCUCUCCUUCGGAAAGAUGUCGGACACGGCAGUGGCUGACACUCGGCGCCUUAACUCGAAGCCGCAGGACCUGACUGACGCUUACGGGCCGCCAAGUAACUUCCUGGAGAUCGACAUCUUUAAUCCACAGACGGUGGGCGUGGGCCGCGCGCGCUUCACCACCUAUGAGGUUCGCAUGCGGACAAACCUACCUAUCUUCAAACUGAAGGAGUCCUGUGUACGGCGACGCUACAGUGACUUUGAGUGGCUAAAAAAUGAGCUGGAGCGAGAUAGUAAGAUUGUAGUACCGCCACUGCCUGGGAAAGCCUUGAAGCGUCAGCUCCCUUUUCGAGGAGAUGAAGGGAUCUUUGAGGAGUCCUUCAUUGAAGAAAGGAGGCAGGGCCUCGAACAGUUUAUUAACAAAAUUGCUGGGCACCCACUGGCUCAGAACGAACGCUGCCUACACAUGUUCCUGCAGGAGGAGGCAAUUGACAGGAACUACGUCCCCGGGAAGGUGCGCCAGUAGGAGCCCCUCUCACCACUUGCCCUCUACUUUCCUGCUGAAAAUGACAUUGGUUUUUACACUAAGCCUCUCUCUCUCUCUUUGAUCUGAAGUUGGCUGCCCAUCCCCUGGCCCGAUAGACUGGCUGGCAUUGUGUUCCUUGGUACCUGACUACACCGUGGGCACUCUGCUAGGAUCCUCUUCUCUAAGGAGAGGUGGGAACCACAGGCAGAUGCCCUUUGCUUGGGGUGCGGGUGGGGGGAUUGGACUGGAAGGCAAUUUCUUGGGCAUUUACCCAUGCCAGAAGGCUAAUCUUUUUUGGGGGGGCGGGUCUUGUGCUGGUGGGGCACUUGGAUACAUACUGAUGCUGCAAGUCCAGGGGAUUUUCUUACUCUUAGGUUUAACCAGGAACGCUGAGCAGGGAACAGCCCUGCAUUUCCUACCUGCAUGAACUUUUUCCUUUUUGGGAAGGUGGUAGAGACCCAAACGUUCUUGUUUUCUCUAGGCCUGCUUCCCAGUUUUCUCAACAGUUUCUUUUGUUACUUUCUCUCUCCCUUGUUGCUUUUCAUGGCAGUAAAUCCUAGAGUCUAAGCA